AUGGGGACAGUCAAUAUCCUUCGUUCGAGGCUGCCUAAGAAGUCGUUCGCUCCUAUAAGGAGGCCUAUGAUCAAACCUGCAUACAUGCAUAUUGCUCAUAAAAUACUUAUCAUAUUUUUUCUACCUUGGCACUCUGGUUCCGAAGCGAGAUCAGCUGUAGAACACAAGACUAUCUCUUACUUGUCGACUCAUGUCAAGCCUCUUGAAAAACAUAUUCCGAAGUCCUGCGAGGAUAAAGCAAAGCCAGUAUUCGGAAACACGCACGGCAGUAGUGUUCGACGAUGCGCACUUCACCUUUCUUCAAAGUGUCUUGGAAGAAAUAGUUCAGUCGAUGAAAUGCCCGAGCCCAAGUCGGAACAAAGAAUUGUUCACAGAGUCCACGCAAAACUGUUUCCGGCCUGGACGAGCCCGAGACCUGCACUUUCGGAUUACAAAUUUUUUAUAAACAGGAUGGAUCGGGCGAUUAAGGAAAAAUGCUUCGUUAAGGCGAGACCGUGUCUGGACAGUAACAGGGUUCCAUAUUUCGCCACGCGCAGCUGGGGCACGUGUGCACUUGUGGGCCUUGGGGACAAUCUCUUGUACAGUCAUCGGGGUCAAGAUAUAGAUCAGCACGACUUGGUUAUUAGACUUGGGCACCUUCCUAUCAAAGGAGUAGUUUUGCAACCAAAAACUCGGUUCAUCUCGGACGGUUUAGGGUGA